GUCGGGCGGAGGAGAGCCCGGAACUGGAUGUGAGGAGACUUUUCUGUCCGCGGCUCUCCGGACCCGUUUCGAUGUGGAGCCCGCCCUGGUUACCAGGGUAACAGGAGUCGCGGGGAGACCCGAGAGGAGAGGCGGCAGCAGCCUGUUUCAUCAUUAAUCAUGGAGACAUCCUCAAAAGGUCUACUGACCCAACUCACUCAAUUCUGGAACCUCCUAGAUGACUUAGCUGAAAAUGACCCUGAGCGUUAUAAGAGCUUCAUUCAACAGGAGCUGAAAGAGGGAAAAGAGCUCUCUGCCGGCCCAGAACCACAGUUUUGUCUACAGACCAGGAUUCUCAAACCUACCAAAAAACUACUUUACAUUAACCUGUGUCAGUGGAAAAGGGUCCCUGCUCCCCAGUCAGCUGCGCACCCAGUACCCAUCCGUGUCGGCCGACCGGAAGAUAUCUCUGAGACAUCAGAUGCUUACACGGUCAUCAGUGUUGCCUACAACCCUGAGGUUCUCCACGGAGCAGAAGAGGACCAGGUGCGAAAAGAUCAGUUAAUAAGGAUGGCCAUGGAAUGCAUCGAGCAGAGAUUCCAGAUCUCCCUCUCCCACUCUUACCAUGCUACCAAAUUUAAAAUGAAAGGAAGCAUUCAAAGAAUGAAACAAAAUCUGAUGAGCAUCCAAACUGACUUCAGAGACUUAAAAGAAAAAAUGAGGAAGGAAAAUACUCUUGAAGCAAUAAGAACCAGUUCUGUGAACAGUCCAGAUCACUUUCCUCAACUGCUGCUGCCAAAAGAUCAAGUUUCAGGCAAGCCUCUCAUCGAGGAGCUUUCUAGUACUGAAAUCCAGGUGGACAUGAAGAUUCCAGCCCAUGAAUUAAAAAUUGUAAAGGAUCAGAAUGAGAAACCUCUGAAAAUUGAAUUGAAAGUUGAAUUGCCUGGUGUUAAUUCAGCCUCUCUCUGUGACCUUCAUGUUUCCAAGGAUGAUUUACUGAUCGUGGUCUCUGAGAAGUACCAAUUGCACCUGAAUCUUCCAAAGUCUGUUGAUACUGAAAUGACCACAGCAAAAUUCAUCAAAGACAAAUCUACACUAAUCAUCACAAUGCCAUUGGUAUAAAACAGCUUGACAUUUUGGGUUUUCAAUUUUUAUCUUAAGCGAUUCCUUUUCUUCAACCACAACUCCAACCCAAAUUCCCUAUUUUCCAGAAAUUCCCUUUGAUAGAAUGAGAUUUUUCACUUCAGCUUUUUACUACUUUUUAUCUACUUUUUAUUUCUUUUUCUUCUCAGUUUUCUUAUAUUAGCCAGAAACUUUGUAAGUGUAGGAUUUCAAAAAUUGAGAUAUUUAUCUCAAAUAUACUCCAAUCAAUCCUAAGACAUAAAAUAUCAUUUGAAAAAUUUUUAACUUUUUUUAAGGAACACAUGCAAACUCUUGGUGUGUUACUUAAAAAAAAAAUUAGAUCUCUAGAUUUUUUGCAUCAGGAA